AUGGCUUUUACCAUUACUUCUCUUUCCGCCACACAACCGGAUUAUGACCAAGGAUCAGUACCAGCCAAGGAACGGCCAACUUCUCUCAGAGGGACCGGCCGCUUUCUGGCUGAGAAAAACCGGGUCACUUUGACAUGCGACAAGUAUCCUAAGGUUUGUCGUGAGAAUAAGGGCAGCCCGGGGCCAGACUGCUGCAAUAAGAGAUGUGUAGAUGUGAUGAAAGACAGUCUCAACUGUGGCGAGUGUGGAAAGAAAUGCAAGUAUUCAGAGCUGUGCUGCAAAGGUAAGUGUGUGAAUCCCAUGUCCACCAAACAGCAUUGCGGAAGCUGCGGCAACAACUGCGAGAAAGAGAGUUUAUGUACGUACGGGAUUUGCGGCUAUGCCUAUGCAUGA